UGUCGCGAGAUUUCCAGGUCCUCCACCUCCUUCGCCUCUCCCUUUGCUGCCGCCUUAACCCGGGACCCGGACUCAGCCGCUCCCCUAUCCGAACACCAACCCCGGCUCCACUGAAGCCCCGGUCCCCCAACCCUGCCUCGCCGCCGCCAUGGCGGACCCUAAAUACGCCGACCUUCCCGGCAUUGCCAGGAACGAGCCAGAUGUUUAUGAAACCCACGACCUUCCUGAGGAUGAUCAAGCCGAAUUUGAUGCGUUUGCACAAGAGCUGGAGGAGCUGACGAGCACAAGUGUGGAGCACAUCAUUGUCAAUCCCAACGCUGCCUACGACAAGUUCAAGGACAAGAGAGUGGGGACAAAGGGACUUGAUUUCUCAGAUCGUAUUGGAAAAACCAAGAGGACGGGAUAUGAAUCUGGCGAUUAUGAGAUGCUUGGAGAGGGCCUGGGAGUAAAGGAGACACCCCAGCAAAAGUACCAGCGACUACUGCAUGAGGUCCAAGAGCUGACAACUGAAGUUGAGCAAAUCAAAACAACAGUGAAGGAGUCGGCCGCUGAGGAGAAGCUGACCCCUGUGGUGCUGGCUAAGCAGCUGGCAGCCCUAAAGCAGCAGCUGGUUGCUUCCCACCUAGAGAAGCUGCUGGGACCAGAGGCUGCCAUCAACCUCACUGACCCCGAUGGGGCUCUGGCUAAGCGCCUGCUGCUGCAGCUGGAAGCAACAAAGAACAGCAAAGGAGCUGGCUCAGGGGGAAAGACUGCUGGCGGGGCCCUUCCAGAGAGUAGCCUUGUUACGUAUGAACUUCAUUCUCGGCCUGAGCAGGACAAGUUCUCUCAGGCUGCCAAAGUUGCAGAACUUGAGAAGCGUCUGACAGAGCUGGAAGCAGCUGUACGCUGUGAUCAGGAUGCUCAGAACCCCCUUUCUGCAGGUCUACAGGGAGCCUGUCUUAUGGAGACGGUGGAGUUGUUGCAAGCAAAGGUGAACGCCCUGGACCUUGCAGUUUUGGACCAAGUGGAGGCCCGGCUGCAGAGUGUCCUGGGAAAGGUGAAUGAGAUUGCCAAGCAUAAAGCCUCUGUGGAGGAUGCAGACACACAAAGCAAGGUGCACCAGCUCUAUGAAACCGUACAGCGCUGGAGCCCUCUCGCCUCCACCCUUCCUGAGUUGGUGCAGAGACUCGUCUCCAUCAAGCAGUUGCAUGAGCAAGCCAUGCAGUUUGGUCAACUUCUGACACACUUGGACACCACCCAGCAGCUGAUUGCUAGUUCCCUCAAGGACAACACCUCUCUUCUGACACAGGUGCAGACCACCAUGCGUGAAAACCUGGCCACAGUUGAGGGGAACGUUGCCAGCAUUGACGAGCGGAUGAAGAAGCUGGGAAAGUGAGCACCUUUGGGAGAAGGGGACCAUGACGAGUCCCAAUCCCUGUGACCUCAGUUAACAGCGUCCGUAGGGCUGUCCCAGCAGUGGUUUCCUUAUAACUCUAACUCUCCCAUCCUCAUCUCAUUUGAUACUUGGGGGCAAGGGGUUCUUCUUGCAUGUGGGGUGUGUACUCCUCCCCUAUUGAAUACAGAAUGGUAAUUGGUUGAUAUUUGAUAGUGGUCUCCCCAUGGGCCCCAGGAAUGAGGUUGUGGGUCCAGCCCACGCCAGCUCCUGUCCACUAUGCCUGGUGUAGGGAAGGGUUGGGUCCUGUCCUCCAGCACAGCUUCUGUGGCCGAUUGUACAGAUGUUUCCAACUAUUAAAUGCUGUUGUACUCUG